AUGAACAGGAUAAAAAUGAAGACAACUAAGGUAUCUGGAGGGAAACCUGGAGGGCAGAAAAGCAUCUCGUCCUUCUUUUCCUCCCAAAACCAAAAGGACCGAACAUCUUCCACCAAAGUACCCCUCACUGGCACUGCUCAGAUCAAAGAUGGUGGAAGCUCUCUAUUCAGACUCCAUUCCCCGUUGAAGAGGAAUGUCUUUGGGGAUCUUGAAAACCUCCUUCCCCCCUCCCCAGAUCUUCUCCUCUCUGUGCCUGAAACUCCCAACAGUCAGAUCAGGCUUACCUCCACCAGAGAGGCAGGUCUGCGGAGCCCAGAGCCCAGCAGAGAGGCAGGAAAGCUCGGCCAAGCGUCCCCUAUCUGUCGCAGCCCUCGCUCCAAAGGGCAGAGUCUACGGAGACUGAUGGCCGGAGAGGGAGGAAGAUCCAAGAGGGACGAUGGAUGGUCUGGCUCCAUUAAAAGACUCCUCAGCCCUAAGGAAGAGUCCCACCAUGCCAAGAGACCAAGAACUGCCAAUCCAUCACCAUCGAGAACUGUGAUCUCCCCCAUAGGUAGCAGCGUGAAAGCAACCAGAGCUGUGUUUGGCCCCAUGAAGGCACCUCAUUUACCCAGUGACCAAUCAGCGGGUCAGCCUGACGGGUCGAUGAGUCGCAGCCGAGACACCGAAGUGGUCUUAAACGACAGCAAAAACACAACGAUGUCACUCAAGUCAGCUUUCUGUCAGCCUUGGGAGGAAAAGAGGAAACAUCUGGAGGAACUGGACAAGAAGGAUUCUGGUUUUACUGUGAUAACAGAGCAGAAAGCAGGUCAGGUGAAAACCAGUGGAAACCCACAUCUGGAUGAGGACGCUGACGGUCUUACUGCUGAUGUGUGGGAACCCAGUGCUAAAGCUAUCACUUCUGCACCAGAAGAUGGAGAGGGAGACCCAACUGAAAAAGAAACUACAAAGGCACCGGUGACAGAUGGAAACAGGGACAAAGCAACUGGAGGAUCGACGUCUGCAUGUCCUGAAGAAGACAUGUUGGACGACUGCUGGUUUGCAGAGCAGAUGGAACCUAAUGAAGAUCGUGCAACAGAAGACAAACCCAAAAAACUCCGUAAAGUCCCAGACCACGUGAUCCUUUCUGGAGGCCUAAACAACCGCUACUGGGUUGUGGACGUUGAAGAAAGACCGGGCAGCAAAACACUGACCAUCUCAUGCUCCAAGUCUCUCCAUCCAACUGAGACGUGUCUGCUCAAAGAUGGAUGGGAGAUGACGCCUGUCCAUUGCGGUGAUGUGGUGCAUCUGGAGGGCUGCUCCGAUGGUGGGUCCUGGUUGGUGGACAGGGAGCAGGGCUUCCUGGUUUUACUGCCUGAUAGCCUCAUCUCAGGAACCAGCAUCUCAAACUCCAUCCGCUGCAUGAGGCGUGCAGUACUGGGAGAUAUGUUCAAGAGUUUUGACGGCGGUUCCAAGCAAAUGCUUAACGGCACCAUGGUGCAUGAAGUGUUCCAGAGGGCAGCUACCGCUAAAGACUUUUCUUUGGAGAAACUAUCUAAGCUGGCUGAUGAGGCGUUGCAGGGUCCUCGGUACCUGGGCGACAUGUACGCUUUGGGUGUAAGUCAGGAGGAGAUGAAACAGGAGCUGCACGAUUAUCUGCCGUCACUGCAACACUGGGCGAAUACGUACCUCAACUCCUCAUCACCUAAAGCCAUCAGCCUUAAACUCAACAGCAGAGCUCCAAGCAACCGUCAGGACCCUGCUACUGUUGUCACGGUAACAGAGCUGGCAGACAUAGAGGAGAAUGUCUGGGCCCCGAGAUUUGGCCUGAAAGGGAAAAUCGAUGUGACGGCGAGGGUUCGAAUCCAGAGACCACGAAACGGAAGCCACAGAAUGCCCGAGGAAAACACCGUACCACUGGAGCUGAAAACUGGAAAGGAGUCCAACUCAAUAGAACAUCGCAGUCAGGUGAUCCUGUACACUCUGAUGAGCCUUGAGCGGUACAAUCCUGAAACCGGCUUCCUGCUUUACCUCAAGACUGGCAACAUGCACCCUGUAGCGCCCAGCCACAUGGACCGCAGAGAGCUGCUGAAGCUCAGAAACACUUUGGUUCAUCACAUUCACAACAGUGUGGAGCAAGAAGCAGAGCGGAGCCGCCUCUCCAGACUUCCUGAUAUCCUGACAAACAGACAAACCUGCCAGUAUUGUCCUCAGAAGAGAAACUGUGCUUUAUAUGAGAGAGCGGUGGAUCCCAGCGCUGCAGAUGUCAGUGAGGACGUCGUGCAGGACCUUCUGCAGCAAGAGACUGGUCACCUCACGCUGCCACAUCUCAACUAUUUUUCCCAUUGGCUGCUGCUCUGCUGCCUGGAGGCCACUACCAUGGAGGCCAAGAACAGUCGAAAGCGUGUGUGGCUUCAGACAGUUCAGGAAAGUGAGAAGAAUGGAAGCUGUGUGGGAAAUCUGCAGCUCAGCGGUCCAGUGACUGUGCAGUCUGAAGGGGUUUUCCUCCAUCGUUUCCAGCGCAGCAGCGUUGCCUCACAGCAGGGUUUAGCCAGCGGGGAUCGGAUUGUUGUCAGCGAUCAGGAGGGUCGCCUCGUUGGCUUGGCAACAGGGUACCUGUGUGAGAUCAGCAGGAAAGCGAUCAGCUGCACUCUGGACAGGGACCUGUCAAAGUUCAGCGGCGUGUUGUUUCGAGUGGAUGGUGAUGAAGGUGUGGUGGGUCUCAGCACUCACCUCACCAAUCUGUCCAGGUUGAUGGAAAACUGUCCGGACAGCGAUCGUCUGAGGGAGCUGGUUGUUGACCUUCGGUCUCCAGAGUUUAUCUCCAACCUCAGUUCUGUUCUGCCCAGAGAGGCCAAGGACACAGUGGCCAACAUCCUCAAAGGUCUCAACAAACCGCAGAAACAGGCCAUGAAGAAGGUGUUGUUAUCCAAAGACUACACACUGAUUGUCGGCAUGCCUGGCACUGGCAAAACCACAACCAUCUGCACCCUGGUUCGUAUCCUGCAUGCAUGUGGGUUUAGCGUGCUGCUGACCAGCUACACCCACUCUGCUGUCGACAACAUCCUGCUGAAGCUCAAACGUUUCCGAGUUGGCUUUCUGCGUCUGGGGCAGGGACAGAAGGUUCAUCCAGACAUCCUGCCAUACACGGAGGAGAGCGUGAGGAAGAAGGGGGUUCACACUCUGUCAGAGCUGGAGCAGCUUUACAACAAAGAGCUGGUUGUGGCAACCACCUGCAUGGGCAUCAAACAUCCCAUUUUCACACAUCGCCGGUUCGACUUCUGCAUCAUAGAUGAAGCCUCACAGAUCAGCCAGCCGAUAUGUCUGGGGCCGCUGUUCUACGCCAAAAGAUUUGUCCUGGUUGGAGACCAUCAACAGCUGCCACCAAUCGUACAAAACCAGGAAGCCAGGUCACGUGGGAUGGAUGAAAGUUUAUUUAAGCGACUUGAACUCCAUGAAGAGGCAGUGGUUCAACUCAAUGUACAGUACCGGAUGAACAGGCAGAUCAUGUCUCUCAGUAACUCUCUGAUGUAUGACGGCCGGCUGGAGUGUGGAUCAGAGAGGACGGCCACAGCCCUGAUCACGUUGCCCUUCCUGCUUACUGUCCAGUCAGAGAUCAGCUCGUACUCUCAGACGCAUCCUCAGCACGACCUGUCUUGGUUGCAGGCCACACUGCUGCCAAACAACCCAGUCUGCUUCCUGGAUUGCUCAGUGGUGCCUGCACUGGAGUCGGUGGAGCAGGGAGGAGUAAGCAACCACACCGAAGCUGCCCUCAUACACAUGCUGCUUUCGCUUCUCCUAAAGGCUGGGUGUAAGCCCAGUGAUGUCGGUGUCAUCGCCCCCUACAGGCAGCAGUUAAAGAGCAUCUCGGCUCUGCUGCAGUCCUCUGCUUUUACCGGUGUGGAGGUGAACACUGUGGACAAAUACCAAGGAAGGGACAAAAGUCUGAUUGUUCUUUCUUUUGUCAGGAGCACUGCAGAGGAAGGAAAGUUAGGGGAGCUCUUAAAGGACUGGCGUCGCCUGAACGUAGCCAUUACCAGAGCUAAACACAAGCUGCUGAUGGUGGGCUCUGCCGCAACACUACGCCGCUACACACCGGUGGAAAAACUACUCAACCAUCUCCAGCAAGAGAACAUGAUUAUCCAGCUCCCACCAGCUGCCCACAAGGCCCUACCCAGCAUGCACCUGUGACAGAAGUCUAUAAAGCUAUGAUGGUGUUUCAGGUCACCUGUGAACCUCAGACCUCAACAUCAAGGCCUCACCUCAAACUUGUCUUUUUUCAAAGAAGACCUGAACUAACUUGUAUCAAAACCACACAUUCCUCACAAUAUAAAACCUUCUGUUGCAUUUACAUUCAAGCAUCUUUUCCUGUGUUUUUCUGCAGAUUAGUAGAUGGCCAGAUGUGAACCACAGAUCUUUAGACUGCAGCUGCUGUUGUUAAUGUUGAUUAGUUUUAAAUGCACAGUUACAGUGGCUCAGUUUUAAAUGUAUGUGUUGUUUCCUAUUAUGUGAAGUACUGACACACUGAACAGCUGAAAUAGCUACGAACGCAUUCAGAGGACGGCCCUGCAGUUCAUGUGUUUAACUGACACUGAUUGUGAACGUAUCAGGCCUCAAGUAGGACUCGAUUGUUCAUCAAAUACCUCACUCAAUACACUGACAAUAUUUCAGGUGCAACUAUAAGUUCUUUCAUCAGAUAUGUGAGUUUGGAGUUUUUCCUUGAUUCAUUUCGCUCAACUGCAGCAGUCAGAUACACUCAUACGUCUGCCACAGCAAUGAAAUGUGUUCAAUCUUAAGGAAUUACAAGCUUGAUAAGAUUGAAAUGAUGGUAUUAUUUACAGCCUGCUUAAUGUAACAUUUAAUUUUUAUCCACUUGUGAACUCUGAUCUGUGAAUAGGUUUUACUACCGUGGUCUAUACCUGUACAGAAAACAGAGAAACAAACUGGUGUAUCAAUGAUUUUAUUGAUUUAUCGUUUCAACAACUAAGAUUAGUGCGUCUUAUGUUCAUAUUAGCAAAAGCAAAACUAACCAACUGAGUUAUUUAUUGCAGUUCCUCUGCAGACUAGCUGAACUAAAGCUGAACAGAUUACAGAGGAGAGAACAGUUAGAAUUCUAGGAAUCUGGUACGAACCACAAUAUCGGACAAAAAUGAUUCUGUGUUUUACAACACGAGUAAACUGUGAUGUUGUCGAAUAACAUUCUGACCACAACUGUGAUUCAACCUUCGUUCUGUUUUACUUGAGCACAGCCUGUAAAUUUAUGUUGUUUUUUUUUUCUUCUAUGAAGUAUUGUGAUUUACUUUAAUGUCGACUAUGUGAAUAAAUAAUGCAAAUCCUUA